GACAACCUGCGUGGUACACGUCCGCCCCCAGCAUGUCAUCCACGUUCAUGUCCAAUGCUGCUCCACUCUCUCAGCCUUGUCACGCCAUCCACCACUGCCUCGUCUCCUAAACACAUCCUCCGUGGGACUUGUUGACCCUCCACAGGUAAUUACAGCCAACAUGCUGUGGAUCUGCGUGGGACUCCUUCUUGCGCUUUUCUCCCACGUCCUCCCCCAGGAGGCUCAUGAGCCCAUUUCUUACUCAUGCACUGAGGGUUAUGAGUAUGACACUGUGAGGGAGCAGUGCAAAGACAUAGACGAAUGUGCCCUUCUGGAUGACGCCUGCAAAGGAGGCAUGCAGUGCAUCAACCACUUCGGGGGCUACCUGUGCCUCCCCAAGAGCGCCGUCAUCUUCACCAGUCAGGAGGGCGAGGAGAUGCCUGCACAAGACCCCGCCCCUCCAGUGCCGGCCGUCCCGCCGAACCAACCUCAGCCCCCGCGGGUGUUUCCGGACAGCCAGCGCAGGCACUCUCCACUGACGAUCCACUGUGCCCCCGGGUUCACUGCGGAUGAACACAGCGUCUGCAGAGACAUAGACGAGUGUGCGACAGGCAGAUACACUUGUGGAGCCGGGCAGACGUGCUUCAACACCCGGGGCUCGUACAGCUGCCAGUGUCCUGCAGGCUAUCAGCGGAACAGAAACCAAUGUGUAGACAUAGACGAGUGCACGCUGUCCAACUACUGCAUGCACACGUGUGUGAACACUCAGGGCUCGUACUACUGCGAGUGCAACACAGGUCACCAGUUGGCCAGCAACAACCACAGCUGUGUUGAUGUCAACGAAUGCGAGACGCAGAAUCCAUGUCAGCACCACUGCUACAACCUGAUUGGCUCCUUCAUGUGCCAGUGUGAGACAGGGCACGAGCGGGCUCCAGACUUGGUCUCUUGCCAAGACAUUGAUGAGUGCAGCUUCUCCAGCUACAUGUGCCAGUACCAGUGCAUCAACACUCCAGGAAGUUACUCCUGUGAGUGCCCGGAAGGAUACCAGCUGCAGAGCAACAGGUUGUGCCAAGAUGUCAACGAGUGUGAGACGGGGACACACAACUGCCAAGACGAUGAGAUGUGCUGGAACUACUACGGAGGAUUCCGCUGCUACCCCAGAAACCCCUGCGAGACCCCCUACACCCAAACGUCGGAAAACCGCUGCAUCUGCCGCUCUCAGACGGAAUGUCAGGGUCUGCCCCCGUCCAUCGUGUACAAGUACAUGAGCAUCCAGGCCGAGCGUCCCGUGCCCGCUGAUAUCUUCCAGAUUCAAGCCACCAAUAUCUACGCCAACACACACAACACCUUCCGGAUCAAAGCGGGGAACGAGGCAGGAGAGUUCUUUCUCCGGCGUUCCAGCAACGUGAGCGCCAUGCUGGUGCUCACCAAGCCUCUGUCGGGCCCCAGAGAGUACGUGGUGGACUUGGAGAUGAUCACGCACCACCUGACCAUGAAUUACCGCUCCAGCUCCGUGCUGAGGCUCACUGUCAUCGUCGGGGCGUACGCCUUCUGAGCCGCCGCCAACAAGAAUAACAACAAGAGUAACGCAGCCAAUGUCUGUUUCAGCGUAGCAUACUGUACAUUUCCAUGACAUAACAUGACAGCGCUUAUAAUAGGACAGCAGCACUACGCUUACAAUAAGCUCAUCCAUGUCUUUAUCGGCACAAGGGUUGACGAUGGUGAUGAUGAUGGUUUCAGUUGAGAGCACAUAACAAGAUAUGCGAGCCAACAGCGUCCACAGCGGACGUAGUUUGAAAAAGAUUCAACCUGGUUGGACGUCACAACUUGUGACCCCUGCAAUAACAUCUAUAGUUUUCUUCAAAUGGGAUAACAAUGUAAGUGUAAGUAAGAAAUGUAAGUGUGUCAAAGCGUCAAGUCAGGUUUUCCAGGGUGAAUUUAAGUCAUUUCAAAAUGUGCCAACUGCAUCAGAUCCAGAUUGAACCUGGUUUGAUAUGACAUCCAGGGCUCCUGACUGCGACUAAAAUAUGAGACAUUGCAAGUACAUUUUUCAUCUACUCGCACAUGUGCGACCAGAUCAAAGUACGCCCGUUGACAAGUGACGCACUUUGUCCUUUAUUAUGAAGUGAGAUUUUCCGUGUUAGAUUUAAAUAGGUUUCAAAUUUAUUACCAGGAUCAGAUUCAGAUUGAACCUGGUUUGCUAUGACAACUUCUGUCCUAGCUCUGGAAAAUCAUAAAUAAUUUGGUUUAUAUUAGACAGUGUGAACAUAUGAAGUGAGAUUUUCUUGCUAUAUUUAAAUAGGUUUCAAAUUUACUACCAGGAUCAGAUCCAGACUGAACCUGGUUUGGUAUGACAACUUCUGUUCUGGUUCUGGAACAUCAUCUAUAAUUUUGUUUAAAUUAGGCAGCGUGAACAUAUGAAGUGAGAUUUUCUGUUAUAGUUAAAUACGUUUCAAAUUACUACCUGGAUCAGAUCCGAACUGAACAUGGUUUGAUAUACUCUGACUUUAGAAAAUCAUCAAUAAUUUGUUUUUUAGUAAGACAGUGGGUACAUAUUAAGUGAGAUUUUCAGUGUUUGAUUUAAAUAGGUUUCAAAUUUGCCACCAGGAUCAGAUCCGGAUUGAGCCUGGUUUGAUAUGACAAUUUCUUUUGGCUCUGGAAAAUCAUCAAUAAUUUGUUUUUUAGUAAGACAGUGGGUACAUAUUAAGUGAGAUUUUCAGUGUUUGAUUUAAAUAGGUUUCAAAUUUGCCACCAGGAUCAGAUCCGGAUUGAGCCUGGUUUGAUAUGACAAUUUCUUUUGGCUCUGGAAAAUCAUGAAUAAUUCGGUUUGAAUUAGACAGUGUGAACAUAUGACGUGAGAUUUUUUGUGUUUACUUAGCGACUAAAAAAUGAGAUAUCGCAAGUAAAUUUUUCAUCUACUGAUGCAUGUGCGACCAGAAAAAAGUACACCCGUUGACGCACUUUGUCCUUUAUUACUGUGAGAAUGAAAAAUAGUCUGUAAAAUGCAGUCAAUUGACGACAGCUUGUCACAGUUUAAACCUAUCAAUGCCAGCGUGUGCGAUCGCUCAAGUGUCAAUGGCAUUUGAUCAACUAACAAACCAUCUUUGUUUGCACAUUUUGCCUGGCUCAAACUUUCUUCUGUCUCUGUCGCGGCAGCUAGCUAGCUAGUUAUAUACCUAGCCUCUUGUCCAGGGGCUCCAAAUGUGACUUUUUUUUUUUACCACGGUGACAUUUUGUCUUUAAAACAAACAAGCAGGUUCGUUCAGAGCUCAUUUUUGGCUCACAGGGAAGUGGCCGUCACCUUCAUGGUGCACGUGCUAACUUGCUUUUUGAAGUGUCCCUUAACAACCUUGCUCUCUGCUCUUGCUCGUGAAAGAAUAUUUGCUUCAACUCUUAGUAUUUUUACAACUCUUCAAUUCAGACAUGAUGCCUGUAUUUAAUGCCAAAUGAGCACAAAACAGCAUAUAGACAAUGAGCACACUGUUUGAGUGGAGAUGUGCUUUGUCAAUAAAGUACACUGUGGAAUGUUGGCAGUCACAUCAAACACAAACAGCUCACCUCUACUUCCUUUUUGUCAAAGUAGCUUUAAAGUGCUGGAAGUUGGAUCUUAAAUCUGGACACUCAAUUUAUACUGUUUUAUACUGUCUUGUUAAAGCAAGACAGAUUUCUAUGACAAACAUAUUUGAAUGGUUAUUUUUAUUCUGUUGAUUGUGUUCUUUUUAACAAAAAAAUAUACUAUUGCGCAGUUAAUUUCCCAUGUAUUAGUAUUACUCUAAAACAGGCAUCAAAUUACACAAUUAAAGGCAAAACAACCCCCAAAACAGGCGGGUUGGUUGGCCCUGACAACAAGGUGUCCCUUAUUUACUCUUAAGUUGGAACCCUACCUGUUAAUUUGCAGAUGUUAUGCUCUGGCUCUGGAACAUCAUCACUUAUUUGGCACAAUUUAGACAGUGUAAACAUGCUAAGUGAGUUUUAUUUAUAUAGCUUUCAGAUUUACUACCAGGAUCAGAUCCAGAUUGAACCUGGUUUGAUGUGACAACUUGUGUUCUGGCUCUGGAGAAAUGUCUAUAAUGUUGUUUAAACUAGAUAGUGUGACAGUGUAUAAUUGCUUUCAAAUUUUACACUAGGAUCAGACCCGGAUUGAACCUGGUUUGAUAUGACACAUUAUGUUGUGACUCUAGAAAAUCAUUUAUAAUUCAGUUUAAAUUCAUCAGUUUAAACGUAUUGAGUAGAAUUUUUUUCUGCUUAAUUUUUAAUUGUUUUAAAAUUUUCUACCAGGAUCAGAUCUGGAUUGAACCUGCUUUGCUAUGACAAUAUAUGUCCUGGCUCUAGAAAAUCAUCAAUAAUUUGUUUUAAAUUACAGUAGACAGUGUGAACAUAUAAAGUGGGAUUUUCUGUCUAAGAUUUAAAUAGGUUUCAUGUUUACUACGUGGAUUAGAUCCAGAUUGAACCUGGUUUGAUAUGACAAUUUAUGUCCUGGCUCUGGAAAAUCAUUAAUUGGGUUUAAAUUAUUGUCUGAUAAUUUUGUGUUAUAUUUAGGUUUAGUUUACGACCAGGAUCAGAUCCAGAUUGAACCUGUUUAGUUAUAACAAUGUAUACUCUGACUUUAGAAAAUCAAUAAUUUGGUUUUAGUUACACAGUUGGAUUAUAUUAAGUGAGGUUUUCAGUGUUAGAUUUAAAUUAGUUUCACAUUUACUACCUGGAUCAGAUCCAGAUUGAACCUGGUUUCAUAUGACAAUUUAUGUUCUGGUUCUGGAAAAUUAUCAAUAAUGAGGUACAAAUUGGACAGUGUGAAUACAUUAAGUGAGGUGUAUUUAAAUAGCUUUCAAACUUGCUAUGAAGAUCAGAUCUAGAUUGAACCCGGUUUGAUAUGACAACCUCAGUCCUGGCUCUAGAAAAUCAGCAAUAAUUUGGUUGUAGUUAGACAGUGUGAACAUAUUAAGUGAUUUUUUUUUUUUUGGUGUUAGAUUUAAAUGGCUUUCAAAUUUACUACUGGGAUGGAAUCCAGAUUGAAUCUGGUUUGACAAUCAUCAACUUCUGUCCUAACUGGAAAAUCACCAAUAAUUCACCUAAAAUUAGACAGUGUCAGCAUAUGAAGUAGAAUUUAUUUGGGCUAAAUUUAUAUUUGCUUUCAAAUUUGAUUCAAAUCGGAUCCUGAUUAAACUAAGUGUGUAUACACAGCUUCCAAGCUUGCAUAAACAUCCGUUUUGUAUGCCGCUUGUCCUCACUGGGGUAGCGGGGGUAUGCUGGAGCCUAACCCGGCUGACUUGGGGCGAGAGGCGGGGUACACCCUGGACUGGUCGCCAGCCAAUGGCAGGCAUAAACGUGUAAUUUCAUUCAGAUUGGAUACACUGUAACGGAUGAAUUGUUUCAUGUCACUGUUGAACAUGUUGCAAACGCAACUGAGGCCCUGAGGCUACUUGACAAAGCUUUUACUAAUGACGUUGCCAUCAUCAUCAUCAUCAUCAUCAUCAUGUAUAUUUGUGUACGGUUGUGCCCAUGAGUAACAAUUUUCCCAGAAAGCUUCAGAAAAAAAGAACCAAUGAGUUGAUGGAGCGCCACUGGCUUCAUGCUCAUUAAGUCAUGUACAUAGCAGGCUAACGCAUCUAUGUGUGUGUGUGUGUGUGGGGGUGUGUGUGUGCGUGUGUGUGCCAGCGAGCGGUCUUGUGGGUGGGAAAGAGUGGCCUCAAAGGAUGUCUUUAAUGUGGCUGAGGUGUUUAUACCUUUCACUGAUGCACUCUUAAUAGGCCAAUAACAGCCAAGUCAGAGACGCACGCACAGGAAAUUUGCAGCCUGUUUCCAAACAGCCAAGGAGUCACGCUGGCACCAUCGCCAGCCAGCUUUCUUUGCGUGAUGGCGACGAUAACUGCAGCGCUGCGGCUUCACGUGUGACAUAACGCCUCAUGAAUGCAAAGAUCGGCCCACCGCCUCUUUCACUCGCCACUUUUUUCUCCCUUAACAUAUGGAGCACAGUGUGGGUGUUUGUAAGCGAAAUAAGUAACUUCUUUUAAACUCUGUUUGAAUGUGGUCAGCAGCCAAUCGUGCCUUAAAGAGGGAGAGAGAACAAAACCCCAGCAAAUAACAGCACUAAUCCAAUCAUUCACGCUUUCCAUGUAUUGUUCAUACAUAUCAUUUUUGUCUCUUUAUAUUUAAAAUGUAUUUUGAAUGUGUAUCUUGUAUCGAAUGUUUGUACUCCGAAGACAGGAGGGGGAAAAAAAGUUAUAUUGUGGAAUAAAAUAUGAUUUCCUACACCAAGCAGAGAGUCGGAAUAAAGGAGCAUAUUCAAUUAUUUACAAUAGACAAUAUUUUACAAAAAUAGAAGGAAAAAAGCAGGCGUGUGCAAGCUGAGAAAAUCUAAAGAAUUUGAAUGUUUGUAAUUUUUAAACAGGCUAAAACCAACCCAAAGGAGUUACACACACACACAUUAUACAUACCUAUAUUAGGGGUGCACAAUAAUUAUUGAUCCGAUAUGAGGGAAUUAAUAUUAAAUAUUCAAAGUCCACCAAAUAUGGUGGGAAAAUAUAAGAAAACGUUAGCAUAAACAUAGUAGAGUAACAUUCCAAUAUAAAAUAAGGUAAUAAAUAAGAUUACUGUAAAUGAAUAAAACUGAAAAACAAAAACAAUCCUACCGUUCACAAGAUGUCUUGAUCAGGAGCGCAAGUGGAGGCAGGAAGGAGGAGGAGGACUAGCCUGAGUCGAAACGCGACUCAAAGAGUCUAAGAGUCAGCUGGUCUCACAGACAAACGCACACGCACUAAUUUGUAACUUGUUGAAGUUAGUUUCAGGGGGACUACGAAGAGGAAGGAGGUUGAAGGGAGAAGCCUGUCUCUCACACAAACUCACGUACGCGCAGUAUAAGUCAGCCAAUGAGAUGAGAGCGUAGGCGGUGCCCCGAAAAUUAGCCAAUGAGAUGAGAGCGGAGGCGGUGCCCCGAAAAUCAGCCAAUGAGAUGAGAGCGGAGGCGGUGCCCUGAAAAUCAGCCAAUGAGAGCGUGAAGCGUCAGAAGGCGUCACCAAGUGUUAAUCUGAACGUGCACCGACUUGAGGCAUUAAUAAAGUUGAUUGAAAAAAAAAAAAUUGCACCGACUUGACGCUUUACGUUAUAUGGAAUUUCUUACGUAAUACGAUGCAAAAACUUUACAUAAAUUCUUUACGUUCAGUGGAAUUUACGUAAAAGGAGGUUUACGUUAUGCGAGGUACUACUGUACAGGGCACCUUGCUGGGCCACAGCAGGUGGCUCCUCCGCUCUAUACUCUGGUUCUCCUGAUAGUAGUGAUGUGGUAGUAAUGUCAUGUUUGAUUAGGACAAAUCAACAGGUACAGUUGGUCCAAUCCUAAUUUGUUCCAGUCCUUUUUACCUCCAGGUGUGCAUAAGCUAUAAUAAAUAUAAAUAUAAAUAUUAAAAAGUUCAUAUAUAUAAAAGUUGUCGGUUAUCUGUAUCAUAGUUAUCCGUUUCGGUUUGAAAGAA